CAUGGUUAUGGCUUGAGCCUAGUAUUUGGUUUGUCUGUCCACCCUGUCUUGCCUUGCCACAAGCUCUCAAAUACUCUCUCUCUCUCUCACCCUUUAUCCGAUUUAUUCUUUCUCUCUUCAAUGGCAGCAAGCCAAGAAUCUGAAAUCAAUGCGAAAACCCUAAUCGCGGCUCCAAAGAACCCAAUCACCACAGUAAGAGCUGCCCCCGACGACUUCGGGCGAGCCACGGCCAAGGUCGCGGUGGCUCAGCUAUGUGAAGCCGCAGGGUUUCACGCCGUCAAAGACUCAGCUCUUGAAUCUUUCUCCGACAUCGUAAUCCGUUACCUCAUCGAAUUCAGCAAAACGGCAAAAUUCUACGCCAACCUCGCCGGUAGAUCACAGUGCAGCGUAUUCGAUUUGAUUCGGGCAUGGGAAGAUUUAGAAGCGCCACGAGGGUUUUCAAAUGGUAUGAAGGAAAUUAUGAGUUACGCUGAAUCUAUGCCUGAAACUUCCUUUGCUCAACCGAUUCCUCAUUUUCCGGUGACCCGUGAACGGAGAAACAUUCCGAGUUUUAUACAAAUGGGUGAGACUCCGCCGUCGAAGCAUAUACCGCCAUGGUUACCAGCAUUACCUGAUCCUCAUACUUACAUUCAUACACCUGUUUGGGAUGAAAGAGUCUCCGACCCCCGUGAGGAUAAGGUUGAACAGGCUAGACAGCGUAGAAAGGCUGAGAGGUCAUUGUUGAAUUUGCAGAAGCGCUUGUUGCUCUGUAACACUAACCGUAACCGUAAUGGAUCCACAGAAACAGCAUCAGCACCAACAACAAGUGUUCCUGAUGAAGAUGUAGAUGUUGCUCCGGUUCCGGUUGUUUUGCCAUCGAAGUUACCACUUGUUGAUGGAGACCGUGUUUCAGUGUUGGAUGCUUUUGCUCCUGCAAUUGAGAUGCUAGGUGGUGGUGGUGUUUUGUGUGAUGAUGGGAUUGAAGGAGAUAAGACCGUUAUUCCUGCUGCUACUGCAAGGCCUACGGUGCAUUUCAAGUUCAAAACUGGGAAGAAGUUCAUUGGGGAGUCUUUUGAUGAUAGAAAUAAGAAGAAGGAUGCCUUGCACGCAAUAUCUUUGGUUGGGAGGGAAGAUGAAAGAGAUGAUAAGAAAAGGAGGGCUGAGUAUAUUCUCAGACAAUCUAUGGAAAACCCACAAGAGCUGACUCUCUUAUAGAUUCAGAGUCUGAAGUUAAGGGCUUGCCGAUUUUCUGGUCCUGCCAGCACCCAAUUGACCAGCUCAGUUCUAUGGUGAGCUAUAGGUUUGGAUCAGAAAGAAAGAAGGGAAGUUUGACUUAGCUGAAAGUGUUUCACAAAUGGAGCUUCCCCGGAUAAGCACCUUUCAAAAAGUGUUCAACAAAGAUUGAAAAAGCCUAACAAUAGUCAGCACAUAUACAAGUACUAGAAAGAAAUCUAUUUGUCUAGCUAUGCAUUGAAGCACCUCGCUGGGUUUGAGUAUGAUCCAAUCUUAUAGGUUAAAACAAGCAAUUGACCUUGUCUGCGUUACUGUUUAUCAAUCAGGUAAGGGAGAAGUGAUCACAAUUAAGGAAGAACGUCUUUACUGCUGCCUAUAAUGGUGGAGCUGAACAGUUUAAUGUAGUUCAACAUCGGUCACAAACUACUAAAGAGCAAAUACUUAAGUGCCCCAAACACAGCGAAUUCACCUUAGUGAAGUCAGAAUGAAUACUCUUAUGGGAAAUUGUUUAGUCUGCAAAUGAUUCCCAAGAAGACUGUAUAGAAGCAUGGUAUUGACAAUGAUCAGGAAUGCUUUUCCUCUUGUCUAUGUAGAACCUAGCUACUGUUAAAGAACAUAUGGACAAAUUGACGGAGAGUUUGAUUAUUCAUUUGAGUUGACUUUCCUCUUGGAUAAUUACCAACAGAUCCGUGUAUAGAAUACAAACUCUCGCUGGAGUAAGUUAAGCCUAUAGAAACUUUCAAACUGCUUCUGAGAUUGAGAAUAUUAAGCAUUCUGAAUUUUUGGCUGCUGCUGAAGAGCCAAACCAAACAACCAAGCGUUAUCCCACUUAGUGGGGUGGGCUGCUGCUGCUGAAGAGCGUCAUAAGAAAAUCAAAGUGCAGAGUACAGGUGACGAGCAAGAAGAGUGCAAUGUGUUUUCACCUGAAGAAGACUUUAUCAUUCAGAAUGUGCUGCCGCUGUUGCUGAAAGCUGUGAUACUGACAAGGCAAAUGAAAAUUCAGGUCCUUCUGAAAUACUAUUCGAUAUUUCUUAGAUGGAUCCAUGUAUAGAUUUUGCAAUAAAAACUCUCUCUGACAGGUGUGCCAUCCCAUUAGACACUGAUCCAGAUUCUGAUAAAUUUCUUUAGUAAAAUCGGCUCAUUGAAUACCCAAAGGACUUUGUGAGAUGGCAUUGCAAUUGCCAGUUUAGAUAACUGCAAGUUUUACUACAAUUGCAGCCAAUACUUUGUGAGUCCAGCAUUACCACACCAAAAGUUUUGGCAUAGGUUAUUACCAAAAAAAAACAUGUUUGCACAGGCGGUUCGUCUUGGCCAGACUUCUGCCAUUUGUUGAAGAUAAUUUGAAGGACUGUUUUCCAGAGAUUAUUUGACCACUUACCAAACUAUUAUUAUUUAUUAGUACUGUGAUACUGUACAAUAGAAAAGAGCUUCCUCAAAACUAAAACCUUCUUCCUUCUAUUGGAGAUGGAGUUGGAGUUGUUGAAAUGAGGAAGAACAAUUGAAUUGGUUAUGAGAUACAGUUGAUUAAGUAAUGUACUUAAGUAUUCACAAAUGUCAUGGAUCAUGAUCUCUGUAACAUUUCUCAGAUUCUCCAGAUUAACUCUUGAUAUUUUGAAUCUAACCUAGUUUUCUGAUCAGAAGAUUGUAUUUAUUUGGUGUUUUA